AUGUCACGAGAAGUGCAAACACCGCCAGAAAUGAAGAAAUUGCGCGUCAAAUGGUGUGUUUUAAAGUGUGCAAUAGUGUUUGCACUUAUUUUUUGCCUUGCCUUUCCCAGAGAGCCCCUUUUGUUUUUGUUUUCGUACACAUGCAAAUUUUUCAGCAGCUAUACUAGAAAUACUAGAAAUAGUACUUACACUUCUAUUUUUAGCGAACUUUUCUGUCGUGAAAAUGCAAAAAAAAAAAAAUUUUUGAAGAAAAAAAAAAGAAUACGGUUUUCAAAGGCACACAAACAGAAAUGUUUCAGCGCUUUGAGACCCACUGAUUCUCCCUGUGCGUCUUGAAUAUUGCCUACGGUGUAUAGAAAAUUAUUUUUUUCUCGCAUUUCCGCGGAACACACGUUUUUCCCAUGCAAUGAAGAGUCAUGGUAAGCAGUGACAACGGUGUUUGCGGACAUGUGUUUGCACACAUUUUGUUCUCACACAUCUCUCGCACUCUCUCGUUUGCCGCGCUCUCUAUUUUUCAUUUUGAAAAAAAGAGGUACGGUAUCAAAGGCGCAUGUGUUUUUAAUUUCGAUUGGUCUCGCAGCGGAGGCUAACUUUCUUCCCAGGACCCCUAAAAAUUCCAAACAAAGUCAUUCGCACAGAUUUCGAUACGCUGAUUUUCGCUAUGUUUUUUGUUUUUGAUGAAGUGGGGGUAAUUACACCGCUAGGCGUUGCACCGUUUUUGUCGGAUGCGCGAUGAAAAUUGCACAACUUAGUCAUCCUCAAGAGGAUGUGCACCACAAAUGCGCCAUCUUGUAAAAGAUUGACGUAUUUUGUGUGUGUGUGCGCUCUCCACGUGCAUUUCAAAAUAAUUUAGUUUCGUUUUUGUGUUUUUCUAGGGUUUUUCGUUGUUUUCACAGGGAAUUCUCGGAAUUCUCUGUGUUAAGUAAUUAACUCAUCUUUUGUUAUUAUUGAUACACUUCCUCGUGAAGUUGUAUCUGUAUUUUCAUUGUUUAUUUUGGUCAAAAACAUAAAGUUUGGCCUAAAAUCCGUGUUUUGUUAUUUUUCCUUGCUAGUGGUUUAAAUCCACUGUCAUCUUUGAAGUCAACCUCCUUGCAAUAUCAAGCAAAGGAGAACCGGGAGGUGCAACUUGGGGGCCGAACCAACCACAACCCCAAAUUCAUUCAACUUCGUGUAUUCGUCGAUUUUUUUUGAUUUUUGAACACGUUCCUAGUGAUCCUUUCCUAGUUUCAGGACUGGAGUUAAGGAAUUGUUCGAUUGUCAAAAGGAUAUUGGAUAUUUUGGACUAGUGGAGAAUUCGACAUCGAAAAUGGCUGCGGCAAGUGAAACUAUGCAACACAUUGGAUCAGUGAGCAGUGGAUUGGAAGAUUCAACGGGGCACGAAGAAGAUAUUGGUAUGAUGUUUGAUGAGAAAGCAGCGGAUUGGAUUAUGAUUGCACAAGAAGCUCGAGAAGAUGCAAAGAAGUUGAAAUUGAGUGAAAGACAAGCGGAUGUCGUAUUGAAUCCGUUAAUGAAGAAAGUCGAACAACGAGUAGAGGAUUUGCGCGGGAUGGUCAAGGAAAAGUGGGCGCAAAUGCCGAAUCGGGAUGAGUGGAGAUGUUUGCGAUAUUUGAGAAGAGGAAAUAAGACCAAUGUGAAGAAAUUGGCACAAUUGAUGGAGAAAGGAACCGAGUUGGUUAUUUGGGAAAGAGAAAAUGGUGAGAAACUUGAAAACAUUGAGAAAAAGGUCAAUGAAGAAAGACAAACGUUUAUUUUGCAGGUUGA